UCAGCUUGUAGUUUUCAUUGACCUGCCAUGGAACUGUUGAGUGCUGUGGUAGUUCAGCGGUAGUAUGAUGUAUGGGCAGACAGAUUACACUGACAGUCUGCAGGAGUUCUGCAUGUCACCAGCGAUCUGCUAUGCUUUCCAGGCUCCUAAAAAAAUAAUAAAUGUACACUUUUUUACCUGCAAAAAAUUGCUCUAACUGCUGAUGAAAAAGGUAUUUAGAAGUUUAUAUUUACUAAAAUAAUUGCAUUUCCAUGUUGUGUGUACUGUGGGAGACCAGAUAUAGUGAGAGCAGAGUCCUGGG